AUGGGCCGGCCACAGCAAUCUUCUUCAAAGAAGGGUUGUGGGUUCAAGCUUCGAACGUUUCUCGCAGGAAGAACUUCAAUUCUAAAUUGCCAAGUAACAAUGGCGGAAUCGAUUUGUAGAGCUCUACGUGACGGAGCAUUAGAAGGAGAACACGCACCAGCUCUUACAAUAAAAGACUCAAUCGACUCACCUUUCGGAUCCGUUGUCUUUAAUCACGUUCUCACUCAACUAUCUUCCAACGUUUUGGCUGGAAAAUCACAGUCCAAAGGAAUUGUGCUCGUUGCUUUGACUCGAAGCUCGUCGUUCUAUGCUGAUUUGAUGAAGAGCAGAGGAAACGACGUCGCUUCAUCGCAAAACUGGAUUAGUGUUUUGGAUUGUUAUACGGAUCCUCUUGGUUGGAAUGACCAACUUAUGGACUCUGGAAGUAUUACUAAUCCCUCUGCAGAAGCUUCGGUUAGUACUAGUGUAUGCAAGGAUGUGAGGAAUAUGGAUAAAUUGGUCUCUUCAAUACUUGAAUUAGGGAAAGGAUUGGUUGGACAAGGAAAAGAUCGUUUCUCAGUUGCCAUAGACUCGGUAAUCAUGCUUUCCAGCACUGGAAUUUUGAUAGGGGCAAUAGUAGUUACAGUUUAUAUGUGUGCUAACGGCCAAAUGCUUUGA